AUGCAGUUGGUAGCUGAGGGGGUGGGCACAUACUUCUUGCUAUUUGCAGGAUGUGCUUCAAUUGUGGUGAACAAGAACAACGACAAUGUGGUCACACUUCCUGGGAUCUCAAUUGUUUGGGGACUCACAGUGAUGGUGUUGGUUUACUCUGUUGGUCACAUCUCUGGUGCCCAUUUCAAUCCUGCAGUCACCCUUGCUUUUGCCUCCACCAGAAGGUUUCCAUUGAUGCAGGUACCAGCGUAUGUAGCAGCUCAGCUCCUUGGAGGAACACUUGCUAGUGGAACUUUGAAACUAAUAUUCAGUGGAAGACAUGACCAGUUUAGUGGAACACUGCCAAGUGGGUCUAACUUGCAAGCUUUUGUCGUUGAAUUCAUAAUCACUUUUUUCCUUAUGUUCGUCAUUUCCGGAGUUGCCACAGAUAACAGAGCGAUUGGUGAGUUGGCUGGGCUUGCAAUUGGGUCUACGAUACUACUGAAUGUGAUGAUUGCAGGGCCAAUCACAGGAGCAUCCAUGAACCCAGUUAGAAGCUUGGGACCUGCUUUUGUACACACAGAAUUCAGGGGAAUAUGGAUAUACUUGGUGUCACCGGUUCUGGGGGCCAUGGCCGGAGCAUGGGUCUACAACAUCAUCAGGUACACAGAUAAGCCAUUGCGUGAGAUCACUAAGAGUGCCUCUUUCCUCAAAGGAUCAGGUCGUAAUUAA